AUGUCUGGAUCGAUCUACCAGAGGCAACAUCGCCACUAUGACCGUGGCUACCAUAGCAAGGAGUCCCAGGCCUCUUUGAGCCAGUACCAGUCCAGCAGCAGAUACGCUGCUGCCAGCAGCACCUCCGCCACCAGCAGGAGCAGGGGACUGAAAUUGUCUACACACUCUGGGCUGGAAGAGAGCAGAGUGAGCCCUUUACCCAAGAGAUCAAAGCCAUCUUACUUGGCUGUGGAUAAAGACAACCAAAUCAUCGGCUAUGUAGUGCCGAUCUUCAGGGGCAGUCAAGAGUUUGCAUCAGGAUUAUCGGACACAGAAGAGAAAAGGUUGAGGGAAAGUACCGCAUACAUGGCCCGCAGGGAUCUGUUCAGCACUGGUGUGGCGAUGGAGAGGUCAGAGCAUUUCUCCAGGAAGGAGACCAUGCGUGAGACGGCCGAACGCAUCUCUCUGAACAAAAGGAUCCAUGAACACGGGGAACACUUCAAGCGUAUGAACGAAGACAGCCUAAUGCACGCUCCGGAUUUUGUGAUUAAACCUCGCUCCCACACCGUGUGGGAGAACCAGUGUGUGCGGCUGCAUUGCACCGUCAGCGGCUGGCCUGACCCACGGGCCGUCUGGUACAAAAACAAUGUGGCAAUUGACCCCCUUGCCAGCCCUGGCAAGUAUAAACUUGAGAGCAGAUACAACGUGCACUCACUGGAGAUUAACAGAUGUGAUUUCGAUGACACGGCGCAGUAUCGCGUCUCUGCUAUGAACACCCAGGGAGAGCUGUCUGCUUUCGCCUCCGUCGUUGUGAAGAGGUUCAAAGGUGAAGUUGAGGAGUCCCUGCCAGUCCCCCGACAUGGCCCAGUGUCUGAGUACGGCAUCACCUUCAAGACUCACAUUGUCGAUACCUUCGGCGUAUCCUUUGGAAGAGAGGGAGAGACCAUGAGUCUUGGAUGUACGGUCAUCAUUUACCCCCACCUGAGCCGCUACCAGCCAGAGAUCCAGUGGUACAGAGAUCAUGUUCUGCUUACUGAUUCUAAGUGGAGCCGGAUGCACUGGAGUGGAGACCGAGCCACACUGACGCUCACACACUUGAACAAAGAGGAUGAGGGCCUCUACACCCUGCGUGUCACCACCAAGUCUGGAUAUGAAACCUACUCCGCCUACGUCUUUGUCAGAGACACUGAUGCUGAGGUGGAAGGAGCUCCAGGUGCUCCUCUCGAUGUGUGCUGUCUGGAUUCAAACAAGGAUUACAUUAUAGUCAGCUGGAAGCAGCCAGCUGUGGAUGGUGGAAACUCUAUCCUGGGUUACUUUGUGGACAGAUGUGAGGUUGGAACCACCCACUGGAUCCAGUGCAAUGACACUCCCAUCAAGUUUGCCCGUUUCCCCGUCACCGGCUUGGUUGAAGGCCGUUCUUACUACCUGCGCGUGCGUGCCGUCAACAAGUGUGGCAUGAGCCGUCCAUCCCGUAUGUCCGAGCCCGUAGCUGCCAUGGACCCGGCCGACCGCGCACGCAUGAGAGGUACGUCUGCUCCCUGGACCGGACAGAUCAUCGUCACAGAGGAAGAACCUUCAGAGGGCAUCGUUCCCGGCAGACCUCUUGAACUGCAGGUCACAGAGGCAACCAAGAACUACGUGGUGCUCAGCUGGAAACCACCUGGAGAGAAAGUCCUGGAGGGAGUCAUGUACUACGUGGAAAAGUGUGUGUCCGGCACAGACAGCUGGCAGAGGGUGAACACAGAGAUCCCGGUCAGAUCUCCUCGUUUCGCUCUGUUCGAUCUCGCCGAGGGGAAAUCCUACAGCUUCCGCGUCCGAUGCUGCAACUCUGCCGGCGUCGGCGAGCCCUCCGACCCCACCGAGACCACCACAGUCGGCGACAAGCUCGAUACCCCAUCUGCCCCAAGCAAAGUUAUCCCCACUAGAAACACGGACACAUCAGUGGUGGUGUCUUGGCAGGCGUCUCAUGAUGCCAAAGAGCUGGUGGGAUACUACAUUGAGUCCAGUAUUGUGGGCAGCAACGCCUGGGUGCCGUGCAACAACAAACCCGUAAAAGCUACCAGGUUCAUCUGCCACGGACUGAUGACAGGAGAGACCUGCGUGUUCAGGGUGAGAGCCGUUAACGCUGCGGGACUCAGCCAGUUCUCUGAGGAGUCUGAGCCGGUUGAGGUGAAAGCUGCGAUUGCCUCUCCUACUCCACCCUAUGGCAUCAGUGUGCUGGAGUGCGUUCGUGACGCCAUGACGCUGGCCUGGAAACAGCCAACCUUCAUCGGCGGCGCUGACAUCACCGGAUACUUCGUGGAUUACCGUGAGGUCAUCGAUGGCGUGCCGGGGAAGUGGCACGAGGCCAACAUCAAGUCUGUCAGUGACAGGGCCUACAGGGUGACCGACCUGAAGGAGAACAAGAAGUAUCAGUUCCAGGUGCGAGCAGCCAACAUGGCAGGUGUCGGCAUCCCGUCGCUGCCCAGUGACACCUUCCUGUGUGAGGAGUGGACCAUCGCCGUGCCAGGACCUCCCUACGAUCUCCAGAUUAGAGAGGUGCGUAGCGACUCUCUGGUGUUGCUGUGGAAAGCACCCGUGUACCAGGGCCGCGACCCGGUCAACGGGGCCUACGUUGACAUCAAGGAGGCGGACGCACCGGAGGAGGCGUGGAGAGGCGUCAACACCAAAGCCGUGGAGAAGACGUUCCUCAAGAUUAAGAAUCUAAAGGAAGGAGAGACGUAUGUGUUCAGGGUGCGCGCUCAGAAUAAAGCCGGCGUUGGAAGAGCCUCAGAAGUCACAGAUCCGGUCCACGCUGAGACCAAACCAGGCACCACUGAGAUCGUUGUGGAUGUUGAUGAUGAUGGCGUCAUCUCCCUGAACUUCGCGUGCGCCGAGCUGAACGCCGACUCCAAAUUCGUGUGGUCCAAGGAUUACGAGGAACUCACAGAUGAAACUCGUUUGACUGUUGAGACCAAAGGAAACCUGUCCAAAGCCAUUUUCAACACUCCUGCAGAGGAGGACAUUGGCAUUUACUCAUGUUUUGUCACCCACACCGAUGGCGUUUCAGCCAGCUACACUCUCUCCGAGGAAGAGUUGAAGAAGCUGCUGGAGAUCAGCCAUGACCACAAAUUCCCCAUUAUUCCUCUGAAGUCAGAGUUGGCUGUGGAGCUGAUGGAGAAGGGCAGAGUUCGCUUCUGGCUGCAGGCGGAGAAGAUAUCAGCUAACGGCAAAGUGGAAUAUGUGUUCAAUGACAACGUCCUCUCACAGGGGGAGAAAUACAAGAUGAACUUUGACAAGAACACUGGCGUGAUUGAGAUGAUUAUGGAGGCUCUGACUCCGCAGGAUGAGGGCACGUUCACCUUCCAGAUGCAGGAUGGCAAAGCUACCAACCAGUCCAGCUUGGUUCUGAUAGGAGACGUUUUCCAUCAGCUGCAGAAGGAAUCCGAGUUCCAGAGGAAGGAGUGGUUCAGAAAACAAGGUCCUCACUUUGUCGAGUAUUUGAGCUGGGAGGUGACACCCGAAUGUUGUGUUGUACUGAAAUGCAAGGUUGGCAACAUGAAGAAGGAGACCUCAGCCCUGUGGUACAAAGACGGACGUGAGGUCAAAGCAGAGGAGCACCUGGGCUUCACUGAGGGAGUGCUGAAACUGGAAAUAGCUCAGCACCAACCCGCCGCAGACAGAGCGGACGACACCAUGUGGAGAAGAAUAAAAAUUUCCAAGAAGGACGCCGGCGUGUACGAGGUUAUCCUGAAGGACGACAGAGGAAAGGACACGUCUACGUUGAGUCUGAUAGAUCAAGAUUUCAGAGACUUGAUGAAUGAAGUUUUCCAUGUCAUCGCUAAGUCCUCCACACCACUGAAGAUCACAAGCACAGCUGAAGGCAUUCGACUCUACACUUUUGUCAACUACUAUAAUGAUUUGCUCCAAGUCACAUGGCAGUACAAGGACUCAGCCAUCGCCUUCUCCGACCGUGUGAAGAGCGGCGUGGUGGGAGAGCAGCUGUGGCUCCAGAUCACAGAGCCCACAGAGAAAGACCGGGGCAAGUACGGCAUCGAGUUCCACGAUGGAAAAGGAAACCUGGUUAGGUCCGUCGAGCUGUCUGGUCAAGCGUAUGACGACGCUUAUGCAGAAUUCCAGAGACUGAAGGCUGCUGCUAUUGCAGAAAGAAACCGUGCUCGAGUAGCAGGAGGUCUGCCUGAUGUGGUCACCAUCCAGGAGGGCAAGGCCCUCAAUCUCACCUGCAACAUCUCAGGCGACCCCGUGCCGGAGGUCACCUGGCUGAAGAACGACAGGGAGAUCGCAUCCGACGAUCACUGCAUCCUCAAGUUCGAGUCGGGCAAGUUCGCCAGCUUUACCAUCACCGGUGUGAACACCGCGGACUCUGGCAAGUACAGCAUCCUGGUGAAGAACAAGUACGGCACGGAGAGCGGAGACUUCACCGUAAGUGUCUUCAUCCCCGAAGAGAUGCACAGCGGCAAGAAAAAAUAAAAGCGGUCCAAAUCUUGUCGUAAAUAUGUGUAAAUUUAAAAAAAACAAACACUGGAAAAAACAGUUGAAAAAAAAAAGGGUUUGAGGAUGUGUUAGGAUGUUUUUUGUGUAGGAAUAAAUUAAAUCAAGAGGUGCUGAAGAACAAUAUGAACUCAAAACAGUUCAGAGAGGAAUCCAAACUGUGGUUUAAGAGUUGUAACUUUGGAGAUAUAAAUGGAAAUCUAUACAGUAUAUGUGCACAUUUGGUCCAAAAUAAUGAUACCACACUCUAAAAUAUCACUGGUGCAAAUUUAAAUUGUGUUUGUGUAAAGUUACAGCAUGCAAAGAGGCAAAUGUUGGCAAAAAAAGGCAGAAAUAAUAGUUAAAGUUAUGUAAUUUAGUGUAGAUAGGAUGCAACUCUCAGUCAAAGAAAGAGAAAGAUGUCUAUUAAAAAGCCGUAUGGAUGUUUAUUUGCAUGUUUUAUCUCAUUUUUUACAAAUUGUGCAGACUUCACUGAUUUCCAAAAGCACUCAACAGCUUUUAGAUUCGUUUUUUCUGCAUUUUCAGCAUCAAUUUGUUUUAUUUCACUUCAUUAAAAUAAAAAAAAAAUUUUUUGGAGGUGCUGAAAACUGCAGUAGGUCAUCAUUAAUAGUGAUUAGUCAUCUUAAUCCUUUUUGGUUAAGUCGUUAUUGUUGCAUGUAAAUCCUUCAGAGAUGGUGCGUUCGAGUGCAUGUAGGAAACUAGAGCAUCAAGAGGGUUUAUAGUCUUUUCAUGCAACAAAAUAGCUUAAAUCAAAGGAGGCAAAGUUUUUCUAGAAGUCACAUGAGCCGAUCUAAAAAUCUGGAGUUCUGCUUUUGGGAAAUAAAACAGAGGAAGUGUGCACAAUGUGUAGAAAAUGAGGUGAAACGUGCUCCCUUAGUGCAAUGCAAUGUCCUGUUUUUAUUGUUUUAAUGUUGUGAUCAUGACAUCACCUCCACUGUCUCCCUGUCUGUAGUUAAGAUCACACUGUCUAGUCAUUAUUAUCAAUGUAAUUCACCAUUGUUAAGCCUCCCCUUCCUCCCUGUCACAGUCCCUCAUUAAUGAUUAUGAUGUUGUUGUGAUGAUGAUGAUGAUAGUGAUGUCACUGCAACGAAAGACUGUUAAGAUCACUGUUAAAUCAGUCGUGGUUAUCGCAUCACUUCCUUGUUCCCCUGUUUCUUGAUGACACUAAUAAAAAAGAAACGAGCAUGUACUUCCCCCACUUCCUGCUCCUCCUCCUCCUUCUU